GACACUGCACUCGCUACUACACGACAUAGUGCGUGCCAUUCUCGUCUCAGUACGCGUCUCCACUAGAUCGAGACAUCCCGCAAGCCGGAAUGCGUCUGUUGUAACCAUGGUUAUCGCUGUGGACGAUUAGACCCUCUAUAUAAUAGGGUCGUAUAUCUGCCGGCUGCUGCUAUCGUGGCCCAUCGCUCGUUCUUUUCAUCCAUCUGCCGAUUGGAUGCCCUCAUCAUGUACCUGUUUCAUUCUCGGUUCACUUCACUCUUACUGGUCACGCCAGCCAUUCUGAAGGCUGGUGCCGCUGAGUUCGACCCUCUUCAGUAUGUCGAUCAGCUGAUCGGAACCCGGAAUGGAGGUAAUGUGUUCGCGGGUGCGACCCUACCCUACGGGCUGGCAAAAGCCGUUGCCGACACCAACUCCGGAAGUAACCAAGGCGGCUUCACCCUCGACGGCACUCCGAUCCUUGGUUUCUCGGCCCUGCACGACUCCGGGACGGGCGGUGAACCGUCCCUUGGAAACUUUCCCUUGUUCCCUUAUGCCGCUUGCCCAGGCGACGACAUUAACUUAUGUGUCUACUCCAAGAGGACUCGCAUAGCUUAUGGGGCCUUCAACCGGGAUUCCGUGGUGGCACGCCCCGGUUUCUUCUCUGUUACCCUGAACACGGGAAUUAAGGCAGAGAUGACAACCUCUCAGCGCACUGCCCUAUUCCGUUUCACUUUUCCAACAGCCACAAAUGGUGCUCACCCUCUUCUUCUACAAGAUUUGAGUGACCUUCACAAUUCUCGCCAGGAUAACGCUAGCAUAUCUGUUGAUCCUGAAACUGGAAGGAUCAAGGGACAGGCACUCUUCGUGUCUAGUUUUGCCCAGGGACAGUACCUCUCCUAUUUCUGCACUGAUUUUUCCGGAUCAGAGAUUCUCGACAACGGGAUUUUUGUGGAUAGUCGGGCGAGUACGGAUGUCAAGAACUUGACAAUCUCGCGGUCCAUAAAUGGGUUUCCUCUGCCGGGGGGCGCCUUUGUGAGAUUCGCCUCCCCCGCAGCCCCUGUCAUUGCACGGGUAGGCCUGAGCUUCAUUAGCUCGGACCAGGCUUGCGCCAACGCGGAGGCAGAAAUCCCAAGUUUUGACUUCGACGCAAUUGAAACUGCUGCCACUAAUGCUUGGCGGGAGAAGCUUAGUCCGAUUGUUGUCUCGACUGGCGGUGGGGUUGACCCAAAGCAGGUCACGAAUCUUUAUAGCGGGAUUUAUAGAACUAUGGUGAACCCACAGAACUACACGGGGGAAAACCCUCAUUGGGAAACUGGGGAGCCAUACUUCGAUUCAUUCUAUUGCCUGUGGGAUAGUUUCCGGUCCCAGAUCCCUUUCUUGACAAUCCUUGACCCUUCUACAGUUGAGCAAAUGAUUCGUUCCUUGAUCGACACUUACAGACAUGAAGGCUGGUUGCCUGACUGCCAUAUGAGCUUAUCAAAAGGCUACACACAGGGCGGAUCCAAUGCCGAUGUCAUCCUAGCCGACGGCUAUCUGAAGGGCCUAGCUGGCGGCAUUGAUUGGGAUGUCGGAUACGAGGCAGUGGUGAAAGAUGCAGAGGUUGAACCUUUUGACUGGUGUUGCCACGGCCGAGGUGGCAUUGACAGCUGGAAAUCCCUUGGCUACAUUCCAGUUCAAGACUUCGACUAUAAGGGAUUUGGCACUUUAACACGCAGUCUUUCUCGAACGCUGGAAUACAGCUAUAAUGACUUUACCAUCGCACAGAUGGCCAAAGCAAUGAACAAGACCACCGACGCGGAGAAGUACCUCGACUCGAGCGACAACUGGCGAAACUUGUAUAAAGAGAAUCAAACAUCAAAUUUAUUUUCGGGUGCCGAUACUGGCUUUGUUGGCUUCUUUCAACCAAAAUAUCUAAACAGAACUUGGGGCUUUCAAAACCCAUUGAAGUGCAGUAAUAUUGACAACACUGGCUCCGUCUGUUCACUACAGAACACAGGAGCUGAGACUUUUGAGAGUAGUAUUUGGGAAUAUGGCUUUUACGUACCUCACGACCAAGCCUCACUUGUCACCCUCUACGGCGGUCCAAGCAAUUUUGUCAAACGGCUAGACUACCUCCAUGACACUAACAUUACCUAUAUCGGAAACGAGCCUGCUUUCUUGACCGUAUUCCAAUAUCACUAUGCUGGACGGCCGGCUUUGUCCGCUAAGCGCAGCCAUUUUUAUAUUCCCAGGUUCUUCGAUACAACCCCCCAGGGACUUCCUGGAAAUGAUGAUAGCGGCGCAAUGGGAUCUUUUGUUGCUUUCUCCAUGAUCGGGCUGUUUCCGAAUCCCGGACAAGACGUCUAUCUCAUCACCCCUCCAUUCUUCGAGAGCGUUAAUAUCACGAGCCCUGUAACAGGCAAGACCGCAACCGUUCGGGCGGUCAACUUCGACCCGACGUACCAGGCGAUUUAUAUCCAGAGCGCUACUCUCAACGGCGAACCGUACACGAAGAAUUGGAUUGAUCACAGCUUCUUCACUGAAGGUAAGGAGCUUGUACUGACACUUGGCAAAAACGAGAGCUCGUGGGGCACCGCUGUGAAGGACCUACCCCCGAGUGUGGGCGAGUAUGUCGGCUUUAACGGUACGACUUCAAAAACGCUACCGCAUAGCUUACGAUACCCAACCGAUUUUGGACGGACCGGACUAGGGUUUUGACAGUGAGAGAAUAAAUAUUAUGAAGGUAACGGGUCUUGUAAAUGUUAAGAGGCAUCGUUAAAGAUAUAUAAUGACGUUCAUACGCUUAACAGCAAUCAAUUGGGCUGUUUUCUAUUCGCCUAGACAUCUUAUUCGAGUUACUUAUGUGGUAGUGAUGGGAAAGAUUUCUUUCCUGUAAUAGACCACCUGUCAAUCCUAAUUACCUACCUCAGGCCUGUGUAGCCUGUGAUGCUGUUGCUUCCCCCCAGAAACUUUAAUCACAGCAUGUC